AUGGCUACUGAACAUGCUACCCCUCCUUCCUCCACCACAUUCCACCUGGCCUUCGCCGUCUCCAACAUCAAAAACCAUGUUAGUGUUAAUCUCAAUCAAGAGGAAGGCCAUUAUGCUACAUGGGUUGAACUUUUUCAAAUCACUGCUUGUGCCUUCAAUGUGAUCGAUCACAUCGAUCCUAAAGCUUCUCAACCAUCCAACAUUGAUAAGACAAUAUGGAAGAGAUUAAAUCUUCUUGCAGAUCAAUUAGUCAACGUUGAUUGCCUAGUAUCCGAACGCAAGAUGAUUAUGCAAAUAACUACAGGACUCCCACCGGGUCAAUUUGAUACUGUGGCCGCUAUAAUCUCGCAAUCUGAACCCACUCCAAGAUUCAAUAAAGCCCGCUCAAUGUUCCUACUAGAGGAGACUCGACUCAAUAAACAAGAAGAAAAUUGGGCACAUGCUCUUGUCACCCAACAUUUUGAUGGCUCUACCACCUCUUCCACCUCAACACAGCCACCCAUUCAAUAA